CAACGGGAGCCUGGAGUCUGGACCAAUAGAAGCAAAGGACCUCAUUUACUGGCACUAAAACCUGGCCCUAUUUAAGUGGUAGCAGGAAUGGGCUGUGAGCUGCGUCGGCUUUUCUCCACAAACGGGCACACUUGUUUGAUCCGGGGCAUCACUGAACUGACGACGAGAGGGAAGUGGGAAAGGCUGUAGGGUUCUUGCUGCCACCAUGUGCUCUGGCAAGUGUACAAGAUACAUCGGACACUCUCUGGUGUGGUUUGCGGUCCUCUGCAUCAUAGCAAACAUUUUGCUCUACUUUCCCAACGGGGAAACCAAGUAUGCUUACGACGACCACCUCAGCCGCUUUGUGUGGUUCUUCGCCGGCAUCGUAGGCGGAGGUCUGCUGAUACUCCUGCCGGCGUUUGUGUUCAUCGGGCUGGAGGAAGAUGACUGUUGUGGCUGUUGCGGCCGGGACAACUACGGCAAGAGUUGCACAAUGCUUUCUUCUAUCAUGGCUGCUCUCAUUGGCAUUGCGGGAUCUGGCUACUGUGUCAUUGUGGCAGCGCUGGGUUUGGCAGAAGGACCAAAGUGUAGCGAUUCCCACGGUGUGUGGAACUACACCUUUGCCAACACUGACGGACAGUACCUUCUGGAGCCCACCACAUGGUCCCAGUGCUAUGAACCUAAAAAUAUUGUGGAGUGGAACGUGACUCUAUUUUCUAUCCUCUUGACAUUCGGGGGAAUUGAAUUCAUCUUGUGUCUCACUCAAGUCAUAAAUGCAGUGCUCAGAGGCAUAUGUGGCUAUUGCUGCUCCCACCAACAGCAAUACGACUGCUGAAAGAGCCCACGACAGAACCACAUGCUUCCUUUAUUUCAUCGUAACUUGUAUAUUUUACUGGCGUUAUGCAACUUUGCACUGGUGUAUCAUAUUCCAUACAUUCUGCUUUUAUAAAGAAAUGUGCUGGCAUCCUCACGUGAUGUCAGCGUUUGCAGCUAGCAAGCAAACUCUAUUUUAAAGGAUGAGGCAACAGGCUGCCCUCACUUUGGUGGCAUUUUACAGACUGAAUGACUGUUCUCAGUGUGGCUGAGAUAAACUCUUCAGUAUUUAAGGUAAAAAAAAAUCACUUAACUAUUGUGCAUAUGUGUAUUUUAAAUAAAAGACCUCCGGUUUCCCUUUUAAGACCAAGAAGGAGCAAAAUCCCUGAAAAGACAGUUUUAACUGUUUAUAUGGUGUUUCCCAUUUGGAUGUGUACCAGUCUCCCUUGAACUGAGGGAAAAGUCCUUGCUGGAUUUGGAAGGCUCAUCGAGAAAACACUCACUCAAGUACGGGAGAGGAAAAUAUGUAAAGCUGUUAGCGGCUGUGAACACUGCUAGAUGCUGGAGUUUUCUCUCAUGUAGAAAGCUUUGUGCCCUUCAAAGACAGAGACUGUGUGUGUAAAAGGGGAAGGGCAGGAUGGUUGAGCAAGAACGAAGAUGGGAAAUGGAAGAAAACAGUUGAUGGCCAUGGUGGGAAAACGGGUUUGGUGGGGAACUGAAGACCACAAGGGAAUGCCCCCAAAUUUGCUUGUUGAGCACAGAAGGAACUUCUUCUACCAUUCAGCUGUUGUUUUGGUUUUAUGUGAGGAGAGGCAACCUCUCCGGUCAGGUAAUUUAUCAGAGUCAUGUAGAGAGGACGUCUCCCUAACACGUAGCAAGAUCUGUUACCUUUUGUGGACGACAAAGGAUGCUUUCAGAGUGCAGACUAUUGAUUCCAGAGAACUGGUUUCUAGCUUAGCAGGACUGGAUUGGAAAGGUGACCUACGUGAAUAUAUACAGUAAAGCUCACCAAUGCCCUUGUCCUACAGCUCCUGCUUUUCCCUCCCUGUCCGUGAUCUGUGGUCUAUUGCUUGAGUGGCGUCUAUGCCUCUGGGUCCUCUCUCCUGCUUUCCCUGCCUUAUCCUCUCUUCCAUCUUCUUCUUUCUGUCAACAGAUAGCCACGGUUAUUCUAUCUCUUGCGGCUACCAAGCCAGCUAGCUAUCUUUCUUUUCUGCUGGGUGCUGCACUCAUCACACUCCCCGGUAAGGUAGCAUGCUUUUCUCUCUCGUGCGUGCGCAAAUGUACAUUUUUGUUUGGUUUUGUCUUGUUCUGGUUUUGUUUUUAAUGUAAAAGGAUCCCUUAACUCUCUGCUUGGCAGAACUGCUUAGAUGGAGGUAGAACUACUUUAUUUUGCUUACAGUUUCAGAGAUUUUCGUCCGGGAUCAUGGGUUGUACUGAUCCUAGUCCUGUGGGAAAGGUGGUAGGAGCACAGAGAGGAGGACACUGGUCACUUCAUGGUAGAUAGGAAGCAGGUUGAGCAAGGUGCGGGGGAACCAGAUAGAACUUUCAAAAGCAUGUCCUCCACCAACCCACUUUCUCCAGCUAGGUCCCAUUUCUAAAGUUUCCAGCACCUCCUAACACCAUCUAGGGACCAAGUGUUAAACAGAUGCAUUCAGAUCAUAACACCUGGGUCUUAUACAGAAGGCUUGGCCUUGGUUCAUUGUCCUGGGCAACAGACAAGAGAGCUAAUCAAUAGUUUCACUUGCUGUUAGAUGGAGCACUCUUCCUUCGGGCACAGUAACCUGCUGUGAUCCCUGACCCAAAGUCCUCAUGUCUUUGUGCUAUGAUCACUCUGGCAGUCUGGUGAAGCCUGAAGACUUUUCCUAAUAAUGCCUAUAGGCAUAUAAAAUAAGAUAUAUAGACAUAAGAAGGAAGCCAAUACAUUGGAAUGUUUAUCAAAGAAAUUAAAACUGGGGCUAAAGAAAUGGCCCAGUGGUUAAGAGCGCUGACUGCUCUUCCAGAGGACCUGGUUUUGAGUCCCAGCACUCAUAUGGCAGCUCACAACCAUCUGUAACU